CCCAGGACGGCCCAAGAGGGCCCCAAGACGGUCCAGGAGGCCCCUCCGUAGCCAUUUCGGCUCAAGACAUUUUGGCUCGGGCCUAGCUGUGCUCAAGAACAGCACUUCAUUUUCGGCUGCCACGCACGGGGCCCGGUUCAUGGCCAUGACGAGUGGCAUCUUCGCCACAGCGCCCACGAAGCAUGGUCUCGGGGACGUGGCGACAAGGGACACGUUCGUCGAGCUGUGCGACGACAAGCGCCAGAGCUCACGCAGUCUUUCCCGGUCCAGCGAACCCUGCAGCGAGUCUUCUCCUCAGCGCGUUCUUCGACGCCGACCACGUCAGCAUUGCUUGGGUACCGACGCACAUGGGAGAGGCCUGGGUAUCGAACAGCCAGGAGGAGACCACGAGUUACAGCCUCGACAAGUGGCGCUUGUCAGCUGCCGCGGAGGCAAUGGAGGACAUCCCCGAGCAGUUGGGCAGAGUGGUGCGGAACAAGGCUAAGAGCCUUGCCGAGAGCGUGAAGACCGAGCUGGCUUUAGUGCAAAAGGCCAUUCGCAGCAGGGGUGGGGGCGAAGAUGGCGUUGAUGCGGCCAUCAGUCAUCUCGGCAAAAUCCCAGAGGUCAUCCGGAGGUCGUUUGACUCGAAGAUCAUGGGGACGAGCGGCGCUAUGCGGCUGGCGAUUCGGCUGAAGCUGAGCGCCAUCGUACAGAUGUUCAAGAGCACGACCCCCGCUGGCCACGAGCUGGUGAGGCGGUUGUGGACCAUGCCCGAGAAGUUGGAGCAGAUCAUUGGGCAGGCGGUUGGCCAGGCCGUGGAAGAGUCCCAGCUGGAGGCUACCAGGCACUGCGAGCGCGUGUUGAUGAGCCUGCCGCCGGACGCGGGUGUGUGUCGCCAUGCCUUGAUAGACGCCGAACUGCACAUCGCGGAGGCGCUGACCGACAUGUAUUCCGAGACGAUGCGGGCCCUGAGGCGCUCGGCCAAGGCGAACGUGAGGCUCACCGUGACCUACAUACAAGACCCAUGAAGACCCCCACCGUAUCCCAGUCCGUGGAUCUGCCCCGCGGCCCGUUCGGCUCAGAAGAGCCGCAGGUGUCAAAUCGCUGGCCGCGCCCAAGCAGCUAGGUCGGUCGAGAGAACCGCUGGACAAGGCAAGUCAUGAUGUGUUGACUCCAACGCUUCCACUUGUCUGUGGAAUUUUCGAGGCACGUGCGUUCACUUGUUGGCGCGCUGGUCUUUCGAAGCCCUCGUCGUCAAUGUGGGAGGGGAAUGGGGACAUACGGCCCGCUGCGCCGCCCAAAUACCGAAAUGUGUAGAGCAGGAGGUCUCUGCCAUACCAUGGCAGAGAUCUCCGAUUCCUACUUCUGCAGUGGAGGGUUCCGCUGCCUAUUUCCGCGCUCCGAGUCUAACAGACAUUGAGACGCUGGUUUGCCUCCUCGCUCUGUACGGCAUGAUGGGUCUGGCUUCUGCAGACCAUGCCCAGGGGAGUCGCCAAACCUUCCCACAUCAGGCUCAUUUGAUGUGUUCCGCGUGUUUUUUUCGCUCCAGACCGAGACGCAUGACGUUCAGCUGUUGACCCAUAGAUAGUUUAGAUGCACGCGUAGGUUAACCAUCUAUUCAGACGUUGGAGCCAGCGCGGCAAAAUCGCAGCGCCUGUUGCCAGUGAUCCACUUAUUCCUGUUCUGGCCGUUGCGUAGCUUUGACACGGCGCCCUAUUUGCUUCAGGUAUUGCGUCUUCGCCCCUCGCCGCAUCGCGGUCCAGUGCCACUAGUUGUUUCACAUUUCUGGUAAUUGUGGCGUUCUGCGAGGUGCGUCAGGGCAGCUGGAUAUGGAACAGCGCGGCGUUUACAGCUUGCGAAGACUCAAAACAGUGGAUUCUCUAGGGCUAAAGGAUACACUCUUUGCGGUGCAAUGCACAUGUCAAUGCUCAAAACGGAACCCGG